UACACUGUCCUGGGAAAUAGCUCAACUGGGAGAGGACUGGACUUGGAUGUCCAAGGUUCCUGAUUCAAUCCGUAGAGCCAUAUUUGGCAAUGUGCCCAGGCUUGUCCUUCUGUGUCUCGCAUGAAGCCUUAUGUCUCUCAUCUGUAAUAAGUGAAUGAGUCCUUUAAAAACGAGAUGGCAUGGUCAUUUCCAAGUGGCUAACAUGGUAGAUGGGACGCUCUAAAAGAAUUUAUUACCGACAAUGGCAGAAAAAAUCUUACAGAAGUUAGAUGCUCUGGAUAAGGAAGCAGCGAUACUCUUGGUCAGAAGAGCAAAGGAAAACAAUCUUCAGAGACAAGUAAAUAAAAAGUCUUUGGUUACACCACUGACAUUUGACCUUCAGUUGGAAUUUGAAGAAGCUAAAACAAUAGAAAAGAUCACGGAACACAAGUUCAAUGGCAUUAAAAAACCAACAAGGAAUAUCUUUUUCAAACCUGAUCUUGAGUGUAGAAAGAAUGAUUCUGAAAAACCAAAUGCAAGACCACACUCCACAUCAACAAAUACAAAAACUCAAGGAAGAAAGAUAAAAGAGUCAGUGGAAGAAAAUCUGAAAUCAAGAUCUAUUAGACCUUUUUAUUAUCUUAAAGAUACAACUGAGGCAGAAAAUGCUAAGCCCUUGCCAGAUUUAUAUUCACAGGAAAGACAAGCAAAUAGAAGAGCGUUGUGUUCUACAAUCUUUUCUUCUGUACCUCCCACACAAUCCAAUGUUUAUGAGGAAAAGGACACUGCUUUUUCUACAGCUCAAACUUUAAAAAAGACUAGUGAACUGUUUGAUUCAGUUGGCCACUUAGAAGAUUACAUACAUAAAAGAACAAAACCUCCUCUGCAGAUGAAUGAUUUCAGUACAAAAGAAACUCAGUCUAUCAGAAAUGAUCCUUUAAGUCAGUGCUCUUCAGCAAGAAAGAAAAACGUGCUCCCCUUGUGCUUUGAGGAUGAACUGAAGAAGCCAAAUGCCAAGAUAAUUGAUGCUACUCUGGCCAAGACAGAAACCUCUCACUCGGAGCAGAAGGACACAAACCCUAUCAUCUUCUAUGAAAGCAGAUAUAUACAAAUGCUACUUUUGACAAAAUACAGAUACCCACCCUAUCAUAUGGAAAGUAGAAACAAGUACACACAAAAAAGAGAAGAUCUCACUUUAGAUAAAAACCAUAAAAUUCUUAAACAUUUAAUGAAUGAUCAAUCUAUUAUAGCUCCCCAGUUUACAAGAACUAUUCCUACAGCAUGGAGAAAAAGUAUACAAGCCGUACCUUGGAAACAGAGUCACAGAGUUGUGGAGGAGGACUUUAAAAAGGAAAUCAGUAAGGAGACAUUAGAAAACAUACCUUGGAAUAAACUCUAUGAUUUUUCUCAGACUUUUUCCAGCCUAACAAAAAAAUUUGUGGGGUUUCUUGAUAAAACUGUUAUUCAAGAAAAGAGUGCUAAGCCUGGCAGAUUUGAAAAAAUGAUCUCUACAGUAAAACAAAUUCACACAGGCACAUUCAGUGGCACACGUGUCAAAUAUCACUCAAAGCCUAUAAAAAAUGCACUUGAAGUGCAUAUGUCAAAAAAUGUCACACCGUUAGACGCUUUGUUAAAAAUGUCAGGUGAAAACUAAACACCCCCCAGAGAAUAUAUUGUAUGUUCAGCAGUAUUGAGUAACAAGAAUUAAGAGCAAAAAUUUGAAGAUCAUAGAAGAAAUUAUUAUUCAAACAGUAACAUUCUGAUGGAUGGUACAAGAAAGCAAGUUACAGAAAGUGGUUACAGUGAACAGUUGUCUAUUCAAGAAAAACCAGCAUUUGAAGUAACUAAGAAGACAAAAUUAGAAAGGAAGUAUCAACAAGAGGAACUAUUAGGUGAUGAAUUUCUUUGAUCUCAACUACAUUUCUCAAUUAUCCACAUUUCUGCAGGAAAGUCUGAUUUAUAACCAGGAAUGAUUAAAAAAACUGACUGUAAAUUUGCUAUUGGAUGUCAAAUAACAUCAAUAAUCUUGCUCUAUAACUUAAUAUCAAAUAAUAUGUAAGUACCAUUAAUUGAAUGAAUGUAACAUCCAUUGUAUAACAGCAUUUUGAACAAUCAGGAAAAGUACUAUUUUAGUAAUAAAGAACACUUUAAAAUAUCAAA